AUGUCGAAUAUACAACGCCUUCCAGCGUUCCUACCUUUUCUAUUUUCGCGAGGUUGGAAGCCAGAAGCGAAUGACGUUAUUAUUCCAAUAGUGGGCCGAGCUGGUGUAGGAAAAAGCACUGUAAGAGCUUCAUGCUUCAACAACCUUUUCUAUAUGAAUUUGCGGCUCCAGUUCAUUAAUCGGGUCGCAGGAAAGGAGGUAAUACCCGUCCGUCACGACCUUACUACGUCGUCCCACAUGGCCAAGCUCCUCCCAGUCGUUAUCGAUUCUUCACAAAGCGAUCUUCUUAAGGACAGAAGAUUGGUUCUCGUGGACACCCCUGACGUCGAUGAUGUUAAUACCCUGCGUGACAUCGGUUCCUGGCUUAAAACUAUGUACGGUUCCCAAGACAGUGAUGUGCAUAAAGGGGAGACGAAGCUCGCUGGUAUUGUUUACCUUCAAGACAUAUCAUCAACAUGCAUGUUGGGGCCAACUAUGAAUAACCCCCCAGUUAAUGUCUUUCAGACACUGUGCGGCAAAAACGCUCUGGACUGUGUGGUUCUCUGCACGACGAAGUGGUCGGAUAUCUACCAGAAGGACGGAGAGAGUCGGACUGAGCAGCUCAAAGACGAUUACUGGAAGGAGAUGAUGGAUGGCGGAUCGACCGUCCGGAAAUUCGAGGAUUCUCAGGAAUCUGCCUGGGAUGUGAUUGCACCAAUAAUCGCAGGCGUUGAAAUAGGAAAAAUGGAUGCUCUUCAAAUACAAGAGGAGUUGGUGGAAGCAAGGAAACUUAUUCCUGACACCGAGGUGGGUCGACAGCUGCGAUAUAGUCUGGACCAGUUGUUAAAAAGCUUAAAACAAGCUUCUAGCAAGGAUCCCUCUCAGCGCAAGGAGCUUGAUGCUCAAAUCGCUGCCAUCCGCGAUCAGAUCAAAAGAAUGCGUGUUCCAGUUACCCUACGCAUCUUGAGAUUGCUUGAUCUUAGAGUCGACAAGAUUCUAGACAAAUUCAUGUUUAUGAAUGCCACUACGCCGUCACCCUCUCCCGGUAACAAUUUCCUUGGUACCAUUGGCGGCUGGGCUCAGGCAUGGGUGACAACACGUACUACUUUCUUUGAUAUUCAGAAGCUGCGGCGACUCCAACGUGCACGCAUGGAUUAA